AUGAAUGAACAAUCAGAGAAGAGUGUCACGCAAGAGGAACACACAGGUCAAAGCUCUCCUGAGAAAGACUGUCAGAUUGGACAAAAGCAGCUGCAACAGAUAGAGCGGCAGUUAAAAUGCUUGGCGUUUCAAAACCCGGGACCACAGGUAGCGGACUUUAAUCCUGAAACAAGGCAGCAGAAAAAGAAAGCUCGGAUGUCAAAGAUGAAUGAGUAUUUUUCUGUGAAAUACAAGGUCAGGAAGAAGUACGACAAAAGUGGCCGGCUGAUCUGUAACGGCGCCGAUCUGUGCGAUUGCCUGGAGAAGAAUUGUCUGGGCUGCUUCUACCCUUGUCCCAAGUGCAACUCCAACAAGUGUGGGCCCGAGUGCCGGUGCAACCGUCGGUGGGUCUAUGAUGCCAUUGUCACCGAAUCUGGGGAGGUGGUCAGCACACUGCCAUACCCCGUUCCUGACUAGGAGCUGUUCCCUGGGAACAGCUUUGUUUCUUCUUUCUGUUUCUUCUUGACAGUGAAGCCAACCUCUUUCUCGUGGGUGGAUUUUAGGGCUUGGGGGAAAUGCUGGGAGAAGAUGCUGAAGGUUCAUGUUCUCUGAAACUGUAGAACAAUGUAGAAUGGGCAGUCGCUCCAAUGCCUUCACUUGUGACCAAAGGGUGACAGUGCAUGGUCUCAGCAUCGCCUCGCCCGAACACCUCCGUCUCUGCCCUCAAGUCAAAAAUGUCUUUCGUCUUUACUGGUACCUGAGAAGAUGUAGUUUUAAGAUGUUCAGAACUCUGUAGCUGAGAGCUCUCCUUACAGAGAACAUACAAUCAUAAGUUUGUAAGAGCUAGCUACCCUUCCAACCUUACACACAAGUUCCAAGUCCGACUCGCUUCUUGAAUUAAAAAUACACCCCCGCACCCUGUGACU